AUUGUGAGGGAUUAGGAACGAAUUCUGGAUCGUGACUUCGGUGUUGUAGCCGCGCAGUAAGCCCACCCCGCUCCUUCGGACCCCACAGACCCGCGGCGGGAAAGGCGUGCGCCUGCGCGCUAAGCACCCCGUCCGCUCUCGGGUCUGAGGGGGGAGGUCGUUCCGGGCUGAGCUCGCGGCCCGCCCUCCCCGGAGGAGCCCAUUCAUUCCCUCUUCUCUUCCUUUGCUCGGCGCUCGCGGCCAGAGUCGGAUCAGCUCUCCGUCGGCUUGCAUGAGCCCUGCCACGGGCCUCUUGGCGCUCCCUUUGAGGAGUCAGAACGAUUUCCCCCUUCAGCCCUCUCCCCGGGGUCAAGCCUCUCCCCCCACCAGGCCUCGCUCGCCCUCCGGCCGGCUGGCCCCGGGCUCUGCCGCCUCAGUUCCCCCCAGCACCUGCCCCCUGCCGCCAGCCGCCGCCGAGGAGGCUCCCCUGACUAGGACAGUGCCCCCUCGUCCCCCUGCCUGUGUUUCUGGAAGGGGAAAAUGAAGCAAAUGGAAUCCUUAGAAAUAGCCCACGGGUUUCCCACCUUUGGGGAUUUACACAUAUGGUGGCUUCUAAAUGUUUGUCCCUUGGGGGACAGUGGCAUCUUUCGGUGCUUGGUUCAGUAGUGGGUGAUUUAAACUUCUCGUGGUCUCCAGUAUUCUAAUUUUCGCAGCUGCUUUGCUCCCCCUGUGGACAUGACCCCUUGGCUGGCAUUUUGCAUCCCAGUUGUUUUGUGAUGGAGGCGUCUUUGGGGAUUCACAUGGAUGAACCAAUGGCUUUUUCUCCCCGGCGUCGUGACCAGGUUCAGGUGGAUGGCUCGUUAAAAAAACAUGAGCAGAAUUUUAAACUACCAGGUGUUAAAAAAGAUAUCGAGAAGCUUUAUGAAGCUGUACCACAGCUUGGUAAUCUGUUUAAGAUUAAGGACAAAAUUGGAGAAGGCACUUUUAGCUCUGUUUAUUUGGCCACAGCACAGUUACGAGUAGGACCUGAAGAGAAAAUUGCUCUAAAACACUUAAUUCCAACAAGUCAUCCUAUAAGAAUUGCAGCUGAACUUCAGUGUCUAACAGUGGCUGGGGGGCAAGACAAUGUCAUGGGAGUUAAAUACUGCUUUAGGAAAAAUGAUCAUGUGGUUAUUGCCAUGCCAUAUCUGGAGCAUGAGUCUUUUUUGGACAUUUUGAAUUCUCUUUCCUUUCAAGAAGUACGGGAAUAUAUGUUUAAUCUGUUCAAAGCUUUGAAACGCAUUCAUCAGUUUGGUAUUGUUCACCGUGAUGUUAAACCCAGCAAUUUUUUAUUUAAUAGGCGCCUGAAAAAGUAUGCACUGGUAGACUUUGGUUUGGCCCAAGGAACCCAUGAUACGAAAAUAGAGCUUCUCAAAUUUGUCCAGUCUGAAGCUCAGCAGGAAAGCUGCUCACAAAAUAAAUCCCAUGUAAUCACAGGAAACAAGAUUUCAUUGAGUGGCCCAGCAGCACCUAAGGAGUUGGAUCAGCAGCCCACCAUGAAAACUUCUGUUAAAAGGCCCUACACAAAUGCACAAACUCAGAUUAAACAAGGAAAAGAUGGAAAGCUUAUGAAGCAGUCAAAGACUAUGGAUGUACUAUCUAGAAAGUUAGCGACAAAAAAGAAGGCUAUUUCUACAAAAGUUAUGAAUAGUGGUGUGAUGAGGAAAACUGCCAGUUCUUGCCCAGCUAGCCUGACCUGUGACUGUUAUGCAACAGAUAAAGUUUGCAGUAUUUGCCUUUCAAGGCGGCAACAGGUUGCCCCUAGGGCGGGUACACCAGGAUUCAGAGCACCAGAAGUUUUGACAAAGUGCCCCAAUCAAACUACAGCAAUUGACAUGUGGUCUGCAGGUGUCAUAUUCCUUUCUUUGCUUAGUGGGCGAUAUCCAUUUUAUAAAGCAAGUGAUGAUUUAACUGCCUUGGCUCAAAUUAUGACAAUUCGUGGAUCCAGGGAAACUAUCCAAGCUGCUAAAACUUUUGGCAAAUCAAUAUUGUGUAGCAAAGAAGUCCCAGCACAAGACUUGAGAAAACUCUGUGAGAAGCUCAGAGGUAUCGAUUCUAACACUCCCCAAUUAACAAGUGAUACACAAGGGCCUGCUUCUCAUGACCCAAGUUUUUCAGAGAAGACUGACCAUAAAGCUUCUCACCUUAUACAGACACCUCAAGCACUGCCCUCAGGGAAUUCACUGUGUAAAGGGGACAGUAAUGGCUGUGGGCGUGGUUUGAAUAUGGAUACUGCCGAUUUAGAAGGCUGGAAUGAGGUACCUGAUGAAGCUUAUGACCUUCUUGAUAAACUUCUAGAUCUAAAUCCAGCUUCAAGAAUAACAGCAGAAGAGGCUUUGUUGCAUCCUUUUUUUAAAGAUAUGAGCUUGUGAUGAUUGUUCUUAAUAUAAUGUUUGCUGUUGUAUAUUAUGAGACAGGUGAAAAAGAGUUCCUUAUAAGAGCUAUAACUUCUUGAUUAGAGACCAGGGCAGGAUAAAUAAUUUAUUUUAAAAUUUUAGUAUUUGCUCUUUGGCAGAUUCUAAAAUAUGGAUUAAGAUUAAAGACAGCUGGGAUAGUUCUUUAGGCUAACUACAUGAUCGUUGAGUAAGAUUUACCCAAGUACAAAAAAAAAAAAAAAAGAUCUACCCAAGUAGAAUCAGAUCUUUCACUUCCCUAAUUACUUGUCACUGCCAUAUGCAGAAAAAGCAACUGUUUUACCCUAGUAUAUAGGAAUCUGAGGUGUAAGUCUUAAAAUUAACAGAUGUGAUCAGGACUAAAUGAGUCAAAAGAGUUAUUUUAUUGGUUCCUUUAAGUUAUGGCUAUGUGUACUUCUAGAAAACUCAACCCGGUGCUGAUGCUCUAACCAUUCUGUAGGUAAAGGAGAUCAUUUCCUCUUCUGGAGGCAUAUAUUAUACCUUUUAUGAACACUAAAAGCAAUUAAUGAGAAAAUGUUGGAGGUAGUAUCACUUAAAAUUGAAUUUAAUUUAUCCUCAAAGUAUUUUGUUAAAGCAUUUUUGUGUGAAUUGCCAUGUUUUUCUUAAUGGUUUCUCUCUUGAUUUUUCCACUUUCUCCAUCCCCACCUAACACAUUCUCCUUGGAAAUAAUAUGGUGCUUUCCACAGAGUUUCUGGGUACUUUGUUAAAUAUGCAUGUGUUUACAGUUGGGAACUCACUGCGUACACUGGUUGAUUAAAGGGAAGCUGCAGAACCAAGGUGAAGGCUGAUAGUCCAAAAUGCUUUUCUUUUUCUCACCAUCUUAGGUGUAAUUAGGUAGCUGCUAAAAGGGAAAGUAAAUACAGCCUUGAGAAUAUUAUUGGUUAUUUUCUCCUCUGUGUUGAGUCAUCAUGAUCUCUGCAUCCUGUUAUAAAUAAGUUGGUCCUGCUCAAGGAAGAUUGACUACUAGAGUCUUGGGUGCGUUGGAAAGAGAGAUAAGUGCGCAAAGUAGAAGAGGACCAGAGAUAGAGAUUUAUGUAUUACUAUAUUCCAAAAUGAUACAUAUCAAUGACAGUAUAUCAAAUGCUCUCUGUGAGAAAUAAGUCACGGGAUAUGGAUCUGCUGAAAACUUUCCCAUUUAGUAGGGAUAGAGUAUAGUGUAGAAACAGCUUAGGGGUCUAGAACAUACAUUCUUUUAUUUUGUGCAUUCAAGUAAGUAUGUCACCUACCCUAUUUGGUAAGUAUAGUAUAUACAGAAACCAUUGCCACAAAUAUGCUCUGUAUUCUCAUAAUAUAAUCUUAAAAAAAAACUUGAAUGUUCUUACAUUUGUAUGUUUAAUAAAGUUAUUUUAUAUUUUUUA